AUGCGCCGUGCAGCUGCAUCCUCACUUCCCCUCCGCCGAGUGGGCGCAUCGCUCAACGGCUCUGCCGCCCCAACCCGAGGCAUCACAGAGCAGGCCGUCAACCGACGCUCCCUUUGCACAACUUGCCUUGCCAAUAGACACAACACAAGCGCUGGAAGGUUGCGUCCGCUACCGAGUAUUCUUACGCAACAAACCAGAAAUGGGGGCCAGAGGAGGACGGCUUCGGCGGUAGCGACAGCGACAGAGGGAAACAGGGGUAUCAUCCAGAGCCUCCAGCACCUCCACGACGAGCUGGUCAACUACCAUGCGCCCGAAGUGAAGCAGCCGACUCUCGAGUCCAUCAAGCCCGCAAAGUCAAUGUUCGGAUCCUGGUUCGGCGGGGGAAAGGCUGCCGAGGCUGCGAUAGGAGCGAUCCCGAGCAACUUGCCCCGCGGGCUGUACCUCUUUGGCGAUGUCGGUAGCGGCAAGACGAUGCUCAUGGAUCUGUUUUACGACACGCUGCCGAGCUCCGUCAAGACCAAGACGCGCAUCCACUUCCACAACUUCAUGCAGGAUGUCCACAAGCGGCUACACAAGAUGAAGAUGCAGCACGGCAACGACGUCGACGCCGUUCCCUUUGUGGCAGCGCAGAUCGCGGCGCAGGGCAACGUUCUCUGUUUCGACGAGUUCCAGUGCACCGACGUGGCAGACGCCAUGAUUCUGAGAAGACUACUAGAAGCGCUCAUGUCACAUGGCGUCGUACUGGUCACGACAUCGAACCGACACCCCGACGAACUCUACAAGAACGGCAUCCAGCGAGAAUCCUUCAUUCCCGCGAUCAAGCUGCUCAAGAGCAGGCUCCAUGUCAUCAACCUGGACUCCCCGACAGACUACCGCAAGAUCCCGAGACCGCCCUCGGGCGUGUACCACACCCCGCUCGACGCGCACGCGACCUCCCACGCCGAGAAGUGGUUCCGCUUCCUCGGCGACCCGGAGAACCCGGAGCCGCACCCGGAGGUGCAGAACGUCUGGGGCCGCGAGAUCCACGUGCCGCGCGUGAGCGGCCGCUGCGCGUGGUUCACCUUUGACGAGCUCAUCGGCAAGGCCACGUCGGCGGCGGACUACCUCGAGCUGGUGCGCAACUACGACGCCUUUGUCAUCACCGACUGUCCCGGCAUGACGUACCGCCAGCGCGACCUCGCCCGACGCUUCAUCACCUUCAUCGAUGCCGUGUACGAGUCGCACGCGAAGUUGGUGCUGACAACGGAGAAGCCGCUGACGGAGCUAUUCGUCUCCCGCGCCGAGCUAGAGGAGUCGUUGGAGAAGCAAGGGAAGAAGGAUGAGGCCGGACAGCAGCAGAGCGGCGGUGAUACCGCGGCGGCGACGCAUCUCCUGGAGGACCUGGACCAUAAUAUUGAUUCCAUCAAGGGCAUGUCGGGCCUGUUCUCGGGAGACGAGGAGGCGUUUGCGUUUGCGCGCGCGCUGUCGCGUCUGAGUCACAUGGGCAGCAAGGAGUGGGUUGAGCGCGGUAUGGGGUUGGAGCAGCAGGGCGGCAAGAAGGAGCGCGACGACUGGGCCAAGGUCCGGAGUCGGCAGAUGGAGGACAGCAUGUAG